AUGAACAAAAAAAUAGCAGUGAGCGAAGAAUCAAAAUCAACCGAUGAAUCUGAAAUCGAUUUAUCAUUAAGUGCAAGCCAAAAAGUUUCACAUUCAGCACAAAAUCAACAAGUUCAGUUUGCUAAAGAAAAUGCACUUGCAUCAGAUGGCGAAAGUAAUUUUGUCGCAGAUACGAGCGCUAUUGGUGCAAUGAUUCAUGGUGCCAAUGAUUUGGCGGCAAUGACCACUGUUGCAACUGCAAAUGCUACUAGUGAUAUUACAACACCAGAAAAUGAUGUUAAGAAAUUUCAGUCCUUUUGUGCAAAUUUACUUACAUAUUUUGGCACUGAUGAAGAAGAAUUAUUGUCAUACAUCGAUUCAUAUAAUGCAAAAAUGAUACAUAUUGAGCCAAUUUUAAAACCAUUUCUUGUGGAUUAUAUACCAGCUGUUGGUGACGUUGAUGCAUUUAUAAAAAUACCACGACCAGAUGAGAUGGAAGAUGAUUUGGGUUUGGUAGUGUUGGAUGAGCCAGCACUGGAACAAAGCGAUCCCAUUAUUUUAAAUUUGAAAAUACGUAACGAAUUAAAACAUUGUACAAAUACACUAGCAAAGGAUAUACCGGUGAAAAAAUUGGAACGAGCUGAUGAAAAUAUUGAAGAAAUUGAACAUUGGAUAAGUAGUAUUAAGGAAAUACAUCGAACUAAACCAGCUGAUAUUGUAAUAUAUACCAAACCGAUGCCAAAUGUUGAACAUUUAAUGCAAGAAUGGCCAACUGAAGUGGAGAAUUUGCUAAAAAAUGAACAGUUACCAAGCGCAGCAUUGGAUGUUUCACUGGAAGAUUAUGUUGAUAUUUGUUUGGCAUUAUUAGACAUACCUGUGCAAAAAUCUCGAAUUCAAUCACUUCAUGUACUUUUUACAUUGUUUGCCGAAUUCCGCAAUUCACAACAUUUCCGAAAGUUGACUAAAAAUAAUUUCAUGAAUAACAGUAAUGAUGUAUUUAAUGGACGUAAUAAUCAUAAUGAACCGGAACGGCUUGAACUGUAA